CGGCGAGCACAUCAAGUGCGCACGGGGCCGUACGCACAACCAGCCAUGGAUCCGUUCUACUUCGACCACGACGACGACGACGAUUACGUGAUGAGCCUCGGCCUUGUGCUCCCGGCGCUGGCGUCGGUGGCGGCGCAGGCCGGAAGCGCCUUUGCGGCGUACCAGCGGCGUGCGGCGACGCUCCUGGAGUCCCUGGUGGGCCGGCAGGGCAACUCUGGCGGGGGAGCGAACGUGCACCGGAGGAUGUUCUGUUACCUGAGACGCAUCGCUGACGCUGCGGCCUCCACGGGGACCGUGGUGGACGCGCGCUCGACGCCGGCGGACGGGACCGUCGUGCCGCAGGCGCCGGGCAGCUCGCGGUUCCGGCACAUCAUGCGGGAGCGGCUGCGGCGGGAGCGCCUCAGCCAGGGCUUCGCCGACCUCCACGCCCUCCUGCCCCACGGCGCGUCAAAAGGUGGCAAGAACGGCAUCGUUGGCGCGGCGGCCGGCUACAUCCGGGAGCUGGAGCGGAGGAAGGGUUGGCUCCGCGCGAGGAACGAGGAGCUGCUGGGGCGGGCGGCCCCGAGGGCGAGAUCAGGGGACAUGGUGGUGAAGGUGCGAGCCGAGAGCGAACACCAUCCGAUGGCGGUUGAUGUGUUCGAGACGGUGCUCCGGCGGCUCAAGGCCAUGGAGGGGCUACGCGUGACGGCGAUUCGGUCGUGCUUCUGCGCCGGCGGGAUGUGGAUGAUCGUUGGAGUGGAAGGCGAGAUAUCAUCUUGUGAGGUGGAGAGGGCAAUAGCAAAUGCCUUGAUGGAGCUUGAGGAGAACGAACUCGGCACGCAAGAUCCAAGAGGAAGCAAGCGGAGCUUUAGUUGUCAAGUUGAAAGUGGUGUACUGAGCUGAUGUUCUUGGUUCUCUCGCAAAGGGCAGAAAUGAUUUUUCUGUCACAUAAAACAUAAGGUACGGGAAAGCAUCCAGUGCUAACAUAUAUGGAAUCUUCCAAUUAGGUAAUUGGAUAUCCGGCUUAGCAACAGAAAUAUAUUUUUCAUGUUUUGACACGUCU